UAAAUGCAUUUGUGGAUGUUGUUUUACAUUUACAAAUCACAUAUUUACACACAAAUUAUUUUUAUGUUCACACAAAUAAUUAUGAGACAUAUCUAUGCCCAUAAUUCGACUUCAGCCUCGAUGUCUGGUCAGACAUCAAUCUGUUCCACGUAGCGCGCUCCGUAGAGGCCUGGAGCACUUCCGGAAUGUUUUUUUUGUAUGUGUUUUGGGAUUUGUAUGUGCUUUGGACUUUGCAUAUCGUUUUGGUAUUUGCGGCGUUUUUUUGUUGCGUUUGUUUUCAGGGUUUGUGUGUUGUAUUUAGUCUGCAUCAUUUCUGUAAAUGCAGCGUUUUUCUGUUGUAUUUGUUUUCAGGGUUUGUUUGUUAUUUCAUUUCAUUAUUUGCAGGUGUUUCCUGCUUAUGUAGGCCUAUGCGUUUUGGGCCGUUGUUCCGCGUUUGCACCUGCCGGCCACCGUACAGCUCUCCCCUGAGAUCUCCUCGCAGAGUUUCACAUCCUCUGUUCAUCAAUUUUACCGUAAAACAGGUUUGCUAAACAUUAUGGUAAAAAUACUAUUGGGAUAGAAGUUGACUAAGUAACUAUAUAAUUUGUUCCCAACAUGUGUACUCAUUUUUGCCUUAAAUUGUUUUGGGAUAUUUUUCAAAACGUUUAUUGACGCAGUAGUUAAUGCAGACUUUCUCCACUGUCUUUUCCACACAUUACGGUUGAUGUUGCCAGGGAGGGACUCGACCACAGACACAAUGGAGCUGCAGUGACUGAAUAGCCGGUGCCUGUUCUCACUACUCUCAUCAUUUACAGCCCCUCACAUUCAGACAAUGCUGAGUUGUAAUGUUAUUCUCUUCGGAAUGCUAUCAGCUAGCUUACUGUUGUUUUUGUAUUAACGAAUUAUCUUUGUGAGAUAGCAUACAGCCCGUUUAGUUGGUUAGCUCGCUAGCUAGCAAAGCACCUGCUGCCCUCCUGCUGCUAUUGUUUCUUCUGCAAACCUGGAUAUAACGGUCCAGGUAUCUGUGAGAUAUAAUGGAGUUUCCUUUUGAUAUCAACCACUUAUUUCCCGAGAGGUUCUCCAUCUUGGACCAGACCCUUGUUGCAGGACGUAAAACAGCAGGAAUGCCACAUCUUCAGGCAAACAUAGAAACAGUUAUCGAUGAGCUUGGGAGAGCCUCAGCAAAGGCCCAGCAGCUCCCAGCCUCUAUAACCAGUGCCUCCAAGCUGCAGUCCCAGAAGCACCAGCUGUACCUGCUGAAGGACGGAGAGAGCAACGGAGGCCGUGGUGUUGUCGUGGGGUUUCUCAAGGUUGGCUACAAAAAGUUAUUUCUUCUUGACCGACAGGGUUCACACGUGGAGGCGGAGCCACUGUGUAUUCUGGAUUUCUACAUAGCAGAGAACUUGCAGCGAUAUGGCUACGGGAGGGAGCUCUUUGAUUUCAUGCUGCAGCACAAGAAGUUAGAGCCCGUCCUGAUGGCUUACGACAGGCCGUCGCCCAAGUUCCUGUCCUUCCUGGCAAAGCAUUACUGCCUGACGCCCAGUGUCCCUCAGGCCAAUAACUUUGUGGUGUUUGAGGGCUUCUUCGUCAACAUAGCAGCAUCUUGUCCUCCUCCUUUGUCCCAUAUGACAUGUUUGAUUCUCUGGGUCUUCUUGUUUUCCUCAUCAUUUCUCAGCCGGUUUUCACUCCCUUAUUCCCGUCACUCUUAUUUUUCUACACUUACAGUGGCCCAGCUGAGAAAGGUUCCCCUAAGAAAGCCGGACGGAGAGAUCAAGCCCUACUCUUUAAUGGAGAGAGAAGUGGUCCAUCAGGAGCAGCGGGCUCGCCCCUGGCCGUUUGCUCCGCCUCACUCCCCGCAGCGGUCGGUAUCCUCCCAGUGCUCCCCCUCCCUGAGCGGGGGGUCCUCCCCCAGCAGGCCCCGCCCCCAGGCCGCACCAGUUCCUGCCCUUGGGCGCAGCAGGGAGCAGAGCCCCCAGUCCCCCCUCCUCGAGCGCUGCAGGGAAAGACACAGCAGUUCCCUCAAUAGAUCUCAUCAGGGCUUGCAUUGACCUCCUCGGCCUGGCACUGUGCCUCUUCCCUUUAAUCGCCUGGCUUCUUUUAGCUCAAUUUCUGAUAGACAGUGUGUGACACGUGGAGUGCCUUUCCACGGGCACCAGUCUCUUGCUUUUCAGUCUUACAGUAUGGUCAAAUAGAGUGGUGCAGUGAUGACAGAUUUGUAGCAUCACAAGAGCUCCCUCAACCAAAAGCUCUGGGAUCUUUCCAUUGGAUUUCAGUACAUUGCAGAAAAUGGCAAACACGUUUAUGAAACUUACAUGUUUUGUUCAGCAGGAUAAUCUUCACAUUUUAACACCACUUUGUAAUGUUUUAGUCGUAAAUGCAAUCACCAGAAGUAAGCUAACUGUAGGCUAAAACCUAACUACAUCACCGUCACAUGGCUGUGCAUCACCGUGGCUAAGCUAAAGGCGGCUAAUGGUCGGCGUGAUGAUGUUUGGUAGACUUAUUUAGACACUUCACUGAGGCUUCGGCAUUCAUGAGUGGAGAAUUUACUGACAUAUUUUAUUUUGUAGAACUAAAUGUGAAAGUCUCUUCAGUUUGUGUUAACCACAGACUUCAUUUCAGCCUUCGAACUACUACAAUGAAAAAGUGGUAAAAUGCUGACUCAUUUCCAGGUUUCAGGACUCACUCCUGCACCGCUCUAUUUGCAAAAUCAGAUUGGCAUAGAACAUUAAAACGCUGGUGGUUGAUGUCCCCGUAUACAUGAUCCAAACAGUGUUCAGGUUUCAUCCGCCUGCCGUGGAUGUGUUCCCACGGUUACUUUACCUCCACAUUUCUCUCAUCACAGAACCAGGAUGUGUGUGUGAAGGCACUCCUGGAGAGUGAGGGGGGGGAUAUCUGUUGUAAGGAGGAUUUUUGACUUUUAAGAAUAUAGUCCUCAUGUUCCCAGCAGAGGAACACCAUGGCUCUGUCUUAUCUGCCCGCCUUUUCUAUGAACCCAUUAAACUGUCAACCAAU